AUGGCGCACAUAGUAAGAGUCCUCACGCUUCUCGCUCUCGUCUCGUCCUGCGCCGCAAUAGUGGUCGAUGGAAACGCCGACUUGAUGAAAGCUAAGGAGGCGCUGAAGAAGUGGGGCGAGUACAACACGUACAUGACCCUCCUCCAAUCAUCUGGUUUCGAGCCCAUCCUCGCGCGGUACAUUCAGACGCAGCCCGUAACCAUGCUGGUCCCCAACGACAAGGCUUUCGCUACCCUCCCCAUGCGCGUCAAGGCGCAGCUAUCCGGCUCCAAGCUCAUUAAGCUCCUCGAGUUCCAGAUGAUUCUCCAGAAGCUUCCCUCCGGCUUCCUCAAAAUGGCGCAGCCCGGCUCGAAGUUCCGUACCGUGUACGGCGUAACGCUCGUUAAGCAAAAAGCCGCGCUCAAGAACACCGUGAUUCUUGGCGCUCCGGGCGCGACGAUGCCGUCGCAGAUGGCAGUGGUAACCCGGGGGGACAUGGCGGCGGCGAAGCUUAUGCUGCUGUGCCUACACGGCACCAACAACGUCAUCCUCCCUCCCAACGUCUUCUUCUAA